AUGACCACGAAUGAUCAGGGUGAAGAAGGAACCAUCGAACCCACAGACGAUCAGAGAAGAAUCAGGCUCACAAUGCCCAGGAAAUUUGUAAACAAUUUGGACGUAGAUGAGACACCACACACACUUGAUUCAGAAAUGGAAGAAGAGCAGGAACUCAAAGAUCUCGAAGAAAAGCUCAGAGAAAGACCUCUACCAAUUGAACCAGAAGAAAAGCUCAGAGAAAGACCUCUACCAAUUGAACCAGAAGAAGAGCAAGAAAGGACAGCAUCGAGAUUAGAAGCUUCAUCAAAGCAUAUAUUUCAUCAUUUAGCCCGAGAAAAGAAGGAACUACUAUCGCAGAAUUUACAAUUCUAUGCUAAGAAGGAAUCAAUGCUAGAAGAAGUAUACGGUGGUUACAGUGAUGAUGAACAAAGGAACUUGUACAGGGCGAUCAAUAUGUUAGAAAUACUAAGUUCAUGUCAAAGGAGUCCAGAGAAAGAACAGAUGGUCCUACAAAUGAUUCCACCGUCAGACAGAGAAGCAGUCUUCGAUGCUUUCUAUUACCAGAUCGAGAAGAAGUUGGAAGAUCUUGCAGAGGAGAACACACCAGCGUUAGUUGAAUCAAUGAAGAUCAAAUCUUUCAAAGCAGCAGCAUCAAAGAGUUACGAAACAAUUGAUGAAGAAGGAACACUCGAUUACGAAGAAACAUUACACUCUCGCGAAGAAAAAGAAAGAAUUGCUCACAAUACUAUUAAGGGUCAGUUUCAGAUCGACAUGUUCACAAGAGAAGAAUACAAUGCUGCUUACUCAUACGUGCGUUCAAGAGGUUUCAAUUGGAUGUACAUCAUAUUAAGGUUCUUCACAGUGGAGAUUUUUGACAAUACACGUACCGCAAUGAAGGAAUACUUGGAACACGAACUCAUUACAGUGAUGAUCAGACUUCUUCUCGAUAACACUCCAGAAAUUCAGAAGCUCUACAAGGAUACAUUUCAUGAUUUAAGUCAAGGAAAACAUCUGGACACAAAGACCGAGAAGCAUGUUACUGUCUCUAUGUUGAAGAUGGUGAAAUAA